AUGUCUGAGAUCAAGAAGAUUCAGGUGAAGAACCCUGUCGUUGAGCUCGAUGGUGAUGAGAUGACCAGAAUCAUCUGGAAGGACAUCAAGGACAAGGUACGUGGAACCUACCUCGACGUUGACCUCAAGUACUAUGAUUUGGGUCUUGAGUACCGUGACCAGACCAACGAUCAGGUCACCCUUGAUGCUGCCGAGGCCAUCAAGCAGUACUCCGUUGGUGUCAAGUGCGCUACCAUCACCCCCGAUGAGGGCCGUGUUAAGGAGUUCAACUUGAAGAAGAUGUGGCUCUCCCCCAACGGUACCAUUCGUAACCAUCUCGGAGGAACUGUCUUCCGUGAGCCCAUUAUCAUCGACCGCAUUCCCCGUCUCGUUCCCGGCUGGAAGGAGCCCAUCAUCAUUGGCCGUCACGCCUUCGGUGACCAGUACCGUGCCAAGGACUACGUCGCCCCCGGUCCUGGCAAGCUCGAGAUGGUCUUCACUCCCGAGGGUGGCAAGCCCGAGGCCAUUGAGGUCUACCAGUUCAAGAACGGUGGCGGUGUCGCCCAGACUCAGUACAACACUGACGAGUCUAUUACUGGCUUCGCCCACGCCAGCUUCAAGAUUGCCAUUGACAAGAACCUUCCCUUGUACAUGAGCACAAAGAACACCAUCCUGAAGAAGUACGACGGCCGCUUUAAGGACAUCUUUGAGGACCUCUACGAGUCCACCUACAAGAAGCAAUUCGAGGCCAAGGGCAUCUGGUACGAGCACCGUCUCAUUGACGACAUGGUCGCCCAGAUGAUCAAGAGCAAGGGUGGCUACGUCAUGGCCCUCAAGAACUACGACGGUGAUGUCCAGUCCGACAUUGUCGCUCAGGGCUUCGGCUCUCUCGGUCUGAUGACCUCGGUCCUCAUGACCCCCGAUGGCAAGACCUUCGAGUCUGAGGCCGCCCACGGUACCGUCACUCGUCACUACCGUGAGCACCAGAAGGGCAACGAGACCUCGACCAACCCCAUUGCCUCCAUCUUCGCCUGGACCCGUGGUCUCAUCCAGCGCGGCAAGCUCGACAACACCCCCGACGUUGUUGCUUUCGCGGAAUCCCUUGAGCAAGCCUGCAUUGACACCGUUCAGGUUGACGGUAUCAUGACCAAGGACCUUGCUCUCUCUUGCGGCAAGACUGAGCGUAAGGACUACGCCACCACCACCGAGUACCUCAACGCUGUUGAGAAGCGCAUGAGGGACAACCUCCAGAAGAAGCUGUAA